AGAUAAUCUCUUUUAAACAAUAACUAUAAAACUCAACACAAAAACCUUUAGGCCAUACUAAUCACCAGCUAACGACAUGGAUUCAAAGGUAGGCGCCCACAUUGUGCUGAAUACCGGUGCAAAGAUGCCUGCACUCGGUUUGGGUACCUGGAAGUCUGCUCCAGGCAAAGUUACGGAGGCUGUGAAGACAGCUAUUGACCUCGGAUACCGUCACAUUGACUGCGCUCACGUCUACAAAAAUGAACAUGAGGUUGGAUUGGGUAUCCAAGAGAAACUCCAGGAGAAGGCUGUCAAGCGUGAGGAGCUUUUUGUCACCAGCAAGUUAUGGUGUACCUAUCACGAAAAGGAUUUGGUCAGGGUCGCCUGCUUGCAAACACUCAAGGAUCUAAAGUUGGACUACCUUGAUCUCUACCUCAUUCAUUGGCCAACGGGAUUCAAGGCUGGUCCUAACCUUUUCCCGGAGGAUGCUGAUGGCAAAGCCCUUGCCAGUAACACCGACUUCGUUGACACAUGGGAGGCUAUGGAGGAGUUGGUUGAUGAAGGCUUGGUAAAGGCUAUUGGAGUCUCCAACUUUAACCAUGUCCAAAUUAAUAGGAUCUUGAACAAACCAGGUUUGAAAUACAAGCCAGCAGUUAAUCAGGUUGAGAUUCACCCAUACCUUACUCAGGAGAAGUUGGUAGAAUUUUGCCAGUCCAAGGGCAUUGCUGUUACUGCAUAUAGUCCCCUAGGCUCUGGUGAUAGGUCAGACGCAAAGCCCGAUGAUCCUUCUCUUUUGGGUGAUCCCAGGAUCAAGGCUAUUGCAGACAAAUAUGGCAAGACUUCAGCUCAGGUUCUUCUACGCUUCCCACUCCAGAGAGGUUUGAUUGUUAUCCCCAAGUCUGUGACACCAAAACAUAUGGCUGAUAACCUGAACGUCUUUGACUUUAAGCUCAGUGACGAAGACAUGCAGACGAUACUUGGCUACAACAUCAACUGGAGGACUCGUAAUCGUCCAUACUAUUCCGCCCACAAAGACUAUCCUUUUAAUGAACCUUUUUAGGUCUAUUUUACCCAAUGUGGUAAUGCUUUAAUUCACUGCUCAAACUGUUUGAGGAUGCUAAGUAGUACACAGUA